AGGCGAGUUGUUUCUGGAAUCUGGUUGCAAGUUCUCUCUACUUUCCCACACCGCAUAAAACCGGAUUUAUUCCCCCGGCCUUCGUAUUACAGGACUCCCGAAAACGGCAGUUUGUGGUCUAAUACGGAGUUUCGCCGUGGAACCGCUUUCGCUACGUCGUAGUCCAGCAUAGAGACUCGUUUGUUGGACGCCAAAACAAAGAUGACUCAGUUCAAUAAGGGACCAGCCUAUGGAUUAUCAGCAGAGGUGAAAAGCAAAAUUGCUCAGAAAUAUGACCUGGUCAAGGAGGAGGAGCUUCGCUACUGGAUCGAGGAGGUGACAGGGAUGGCUAUCGGGGACAACUUCCAGAGAGGCUUGAAAGAUGGAGUCAUCCUGUGCGAGCUGAUAAACAAAUUGCAGUCUGGUUCAGUGAAGAAAAUCAACAAUUCGCAACUGAACUGGCACAAGCUGGAAAACCUUGGGAAUUUCAUCAAAGCUAUCUUGGCCUAUGGCCUAAAACCCAAUGACAUCUUUGAGGCCAAUGACCUGUUUGAAAAUGGAAACAUGACUCAAGUCCAGACCACACUGCUAGCACUGGCAAGCAUGGCAAAGACCAAAGGUAUUGACACAAAGAUUGAUAUCGGUGUGAAAUACGCAGACAAACAAGCCAGAAAUUUUGACGAUGAGAAGAUCAAGGCCGGCCAGUGUGUCAUUGGACUACAGAUGGGAACAAACAAAUGUGCGAGUCAGGCUGGUAUGACUGCCUAUGGAACCAGACGGCAUCUUUACGACCCAAAGACACAGACGGACAGACCAUAUGACCAGACCACCAUCAGCCUUCAGAUGGGUACCAACAAAGGAGCCAGCCAGGCGGGCAUGUCCGCACCAGGUACCCGCAGAGACAUCUUUGACCAGAAGGUGGCCGUGCAGCCUCUGGACAACUCUACCAUAUCCCUCCAGAUGGGCACCAACAAGGUGGCAUCCCAGAAGGGCAUGAGCGUGUACGGGUUGGGCCGCCAGGUCUAUGACCCCAAGUACUGCGCCAGCCCAACAGAGCCCACUAUCCACGCAAAUGGUAGCCAGGGCACGGGCACCAACGGCUCAGAAAUCAGCGACAGUGACUAUCAGGCCGAGUUCCAAGAGGAGGAAUACCAGGGAAGCUACCACGAUGACUACAGCGCCCAUUACAAUGACCAGGGCAUUGACUAUUAGCAGCCACGCGUCCCCACCCUUACCUUACCGCUAGUCGGAGCAGUAUUAACAAGUGUAUUUUAUCGACAACACAACAGAGCAAGUCUUUUGCUAUCCUUGCUAGUCUAUCUAUUUUUAUUAAUUAAAGCAUAAAGAGAAAUAUCACCUCGAGUGCAUUUUUCCUCUCCAACUCUUCCAUAUGAGCAGCGAUGGUUAUGAGUGGUAGUAAUAAGCAUAGGAUGGUGAGAUAAAGUGUUGAAGAUUUUUUUUUUUAAAGCAUGAGAACAUUCCUUUUUAAAUCUGUUUUUUAAGUCUUAAUAAAUCACGGGACACUGAAGUAGCAAUAACUGCUGACCAACGUUAGCGACAGCAAACUUACAAUCCAGCAUUUUUAUUCUAAGUUACAUUGCGACGACUCAUCCCCGUUAAAGUCUCAUGUACCAAUCCUCAACUUUUUGCAAACUACACUGAUCAUGUGUUACCCCCCCCCCCCCAUUUCAUUCCAUAAUUUCUGAUGUGUCUCUAGAGUCAGGUUAGGUUGAACCAGUGGCCAUCACAUCUUUAUUUUCCAUGUCACUGGAAAGUUGCCUUUUUUUUCUUUUUUUUUUUUUUACAUUUCCUGAAGUGAAGAGCGUGUACUUCCUGAUGGCCGUUCCAAGAACAGCAAUUUAAACCUUUCUGCUUUUCAUCACCAAGGGCUAGUCUUGUUUAAUCUGUAGCGUCUCAUGUUAUAUUUUCAGAUCAUAUCCCUUUGCAUUCCCAAACUGUAUUUAUUGCCAUGCCUCUUAUUCUGAACCAGUCCACUGUCCAGUGUCUCUUUCUGGGAUUCAUGUGUAUGUUAUGAAUAAAGCCUUAAGUUUCUGUUC